AUGGACGGUGAUCCGAAAGUCGAGUCGGAGCUCGACUCCUUCAGCUUGACUUUUCCUCUUCCCUAUCGCAUUGGCUUCAUUAUUGUACUGGCCGUUUGGGGCUGGGGUGCCAACCUCCACUACCUUCACAAGGUCAAAAUCGACGUGCCGACCUUGAUUCGAUACCCUACUCGAUCCUCCCCGACAGAAGCGGCGCACCACCUCUCGACGUACCGCCUUGCGACCGUCCUCUCCACCGUCUUCUUCCUCUCGAUCUCGACGUUCUGGAUCUUCACCCGCCACACCCCCUCCCUCGUCAUCGAGUAUGACUGGCUACCGAUGACCUACUUCGUCGCCCUCGCAGCCAUAUUCUUCGUUCCGAUUCGCAGCUUCUCCCACGGCGGACGGUCGCGGUUUCUCGCGACACUGAAGCGCGUGAGCAUCGGAGGCCUGGCGCAAGCUCAGGAUGGCAAGUUUGGGGACAUCCUGCUUGCCGAUGUGUUGACGAGUUACUCGAAGAUCUUGGGAGACCUCUACGUCGUCCUCUGCAUGUUCUUCACCCCGUCUGGUUCGUCUACCGCACGACCAGACCGCAACUGCGGUGGCACGGUUCUUGUACCCCUCAUCAUGGCUGUACCUUUCGCCAUCCGAUUCCGCCAGUGUAUCAUCGAAUAUCUGCGAGUACGAAACGCGCCCUACAAGGAGUCGGUCGGUUGGGGAGGACAGCAUCUGGCCAACGCUGGCAAGUAUGCGACGGCGUUCCCCGUCAUUAUACUCAGCGCACUGCAAAGAAGUGUGCCGACCGACAAACCCGCGCCCGGCCUGAACAGAGCGUGGUUGGUCGCAGUGAUGGUCAAUUCUUUCUACUCGUGGUACUGGGAUGUGGCCAAGGAUUGGGACUUGACGCUCUUCUCAUCGGCGCGCGAACGUAACAACCCUGAACAUCCUUUUGGACUGCGCCGACGACUCGUAUUCCAGCAGCCUAUCAUCUACUACGGCGUCAUUGUGAUGGACUUGAUGCUACGAUGCACGUGGACUGUCAAGCUGAGUGCGAACUUGGACAAGUUCACAGAUUUUGAGAGCUCCAUUUUCUUGCUUCAGUCUCUUGAGGUGUUCCGAAGAUGGGUGUGGAUCUUCUUCCGAGUCGAGACCGAAUGGCUUAGGAACAACACGUCGGGACUCGCGGUUGAUGACAUCUUGCUGGGAGAUUACCAGGGCAAGUACGAUUCCGACGAAGAUUAG